AUGGCUCGUAAAGUGCGCAAGGUGACCAAAGCCAAGACAAAGAAGCAAGGUGAAGGUCAGCGCCAUGAAGACGAACUGCAGGCAAUUAAGGAAAAGGAUCCGGAUUUCUAUCGCUUCCUUGUUGAAGAGGACCAGCAACUUCUGGACUUUACGGCCGACAUGGAGGCUGAAAGUGAGGAUGAGAAGGUUGAAAUUGAUGAGAAAGCUGAGAAAGCUCCGAAGGAGAAGAGCCGGCUUUUGACCUUGGAGCGUUUUGAACAAAUUCGAUCUUCGGCAACAAAGUCCUUUACAGCCUUCAAGGCUGUUAUCAAUGCAUACCACCUGGCGGUGAGGUCCAUCAGUUCUGAGGAAAGAGAAGAUGCUGUUAAGGGUGAUGUUGAGGAUGAUGCCGUGAGGCCAAAGCGUUCCAACCGUCGUCGAUGGCAAUCCAUGACUAUUGAUAGCGAGGCGACCUUUUCUGCAAUAUUGGAAUGGUGCCUGGCCAAUUUCUUGGGCCUGUUGGAGCAUCAUUCUGGGUCCAAGGCCGAAGAUAGCGCAACUGUGGACCCCACCCGUCUUCCUCGCUGGAAUCGCGUGAAGAUGGUCUCACAAUUUUUUUGGGAUGAGACCUUGGCGUUGUUGAGCCACGCACAAACUGCAGAGAUGCAGGAAGCUGUUCUCAGGACUUGCAGCGAUGCUCGUGCACUGGCUUGGCUUUGGCCAUUCAAAGCCUUGCAAAGGCGAUAUUUGCGUGCGUGCUUACACAUUUGGACUCAACCAAAGCCGUCUUCUGCAUCAACUUCCUCGGUUUCGCCCCGUUUGCUGAGUUUCCUUUUUCUCCGGAACGCGGCUGCCAUGACGCUUUUGAGGGAUGGUCUCACUUUAGAGGCACUUCUGCGCUCCGUGCUACGUGCAUUCAUGGCAGCCACCGCUUCUUACUCAUGGCGAUCUCUCAACAGCGUCCGCUUCAUGGAGAACUGCAUCUUGGAGCUGUUUCGCCUUGAUGAUGCUGCUGCAUAUCGCGUUGGGUAUGUUUGUAUCCGACAGUUGGCACUGCUCCUGCGAAACACAUCCCUUUCGUCAAAGACAUUGAACACUGGCGGAAAAGUCAAGGCUAAGAUUGCUCAAGGCAAAAGUAACAAAGCCAAAGCUUCAAGCAAAGCUUCCAGCUUGGCGAAUGGGAAGCCUCAGCAACAUGCCAAAGUCGCUUCCAAGAAGGGGAAAUCAGCGGCCAAGCAGUCCGAAACAUUGGUGAGCUGGCCCUUCGUGCGCGCAAUGUUUUUAUGGGCACGUUUGGUGAGUGACCUAAAGGCUUUGAAAGACUUGGCAUAUCCUUUGUACAUGGUGAUAUUGGGAGCAACCAAGAGCCAGAGCUCUCUACAUUUCGCACCUUUCUGUUUGCAUGGCCUCACAGCACUGAACGAGUUGAUGGCAAAGACUCAAAGGUUGGUUCCACUUUCAGCACUUUUGCUGCGGUUGUUGGAUAUGGAUCUGAAAGCCAUUGAGAAGGCAUCGAAAGGUCCAGACGAGGCAAAGGAGGCAGUUCAUAUCGAAAUGCUCCUUCAGCUUCCGAACUUUGAAGAAGAGACGCUGAGCAAAGUCGGCAACUACAUCUGUGCUCUUUUCAUUGACCACCUGGGGCUGUUGAGCCGCUCUGUGGCUUUUCCAGAAUUGACCACUCCAGUCCUCUUACACUUACGUCGCCACAGCAAGCACUGCCGAGUGGAAGCCUUGCGGCGGCAGCUCAAACUGAUGAUCUCCCUUGUGGAAGAAAGCCGCCAGCAGGUACAACGCUUCAGGGAGCAGCUCCAGGAGCCGCCACCUCCUGGGCAACUCUUUGUUUUGGACGCCACACCUUUGAGUCGCCAACGUGCACAGCUGUUGAACCGUUAUGCAGAGCAUGAGAAAAGGUGCAUCGAGGCUGAAACCGCCCAGACAAGAGAAAAGAGAAAAUGUCCAAAGCCAUAG